AUGCGCUACUCCCUAUCUAUCUUUCUGCUCUGUCUUGUCCUUCAAGCCUCGGCCGAUGAGUGGCAUUUUGGAAAGAAUUUCUCUCUUGGCCCCACGACAGGCAACACCUAUAUCGCCAAGGUGUCAUGGUCUCUGAAUCCACCGGAUGUUCCUUGCGGUGCUGUUACGGAAGACGAAAAUGACCCCAUGUGGAUGUCCAUUUGGAUUGGCGUAGCAAAAGACUUCCACGACCAGAAUGCCGACCUUUUCCAGCCACUCCUGAACUGGCAAGAGGACCAAGAGGCUACUGGAUGCUCUGCGACAUCUAAACAGUGGUGCGUUGCAGCGAGUACCUAUACGCCAUCUGAACAAGUAGCAGAAGACUAUGAUGCCGUCCCGUUGGAUGCUACUCUUGACUUCGAGUUAAAUAUUGACAGCUCUAAAAACGUGGAGCAGAAAGUGUGGAUCAACGGCAAGCUGUCUUCCCAGAGAUCUGACACCGAUGGCUCGGCACCUACGGUGCUUUAUUCGGGGAACGAGUGCUACAGGGGUACCUGCGGAACUUUGGAUGCCUAUACGUGGAAGAAUAUCACAGUCGUCUUGAGCGCAGCGGAUAAGAAAUUUGGUGACACGUUGGACAUUAGCCACGGCUCUAGUACCUCUGGCUGCAUAAGCACGUCCGAUGAAGGAAAGACUUGGCAUAUUGACUCUGUCACGAUUGCGAAGGACUAUUUCUACAGCGACAAUUCUACGAAGGAGUGUCCUUCAUAG